GAAGCAGGACUGGAACUUGCCCACAGGAUGGAAACUGACUAUCUGAAGAGGUGCUAUGGAAACUGCCUUUCCCAGGCACUGGCAGAGGUGGCGAAGAUUCGGCCCAGUGACCCCAUAGAGUACCUGGCUCACUGGCUUUAUCAUUACAAGAAAAUCACUAAAGCCGAAGAGGAUAGGCAGGAGGAGAUCCAGCUGAAGGAGGAAUAUGAUGAUAUCCUCAAGGAAACCGGAAUGACAGUACUGAAGCAAGCAGAGGAUCAGAUUCACCAGGAGUAUGAAAAGUGCCAUUCACCACUGAUAUGUGUAGCUGGUCCUACAAAGAAGACCAUAUUCCUGCAGAACACAAAACCCCUUGAAAAGGAGUCCUUGAAGCAGGAAGGCCUGCCAGGUACUUCCAGUGUGACUCCAGCAAUGCCUCAGCAGAUUCCUUCUGACUCAUCUGGCCAGACCGACUAGAAUGUUGAAACUGCACAAGAAAUAAAUUACUAGGCUUUUCGGCAUGAAGUGCUCCUAAAACAUCUUGGUUCCAAAUCUCCUUCUUAGGUUAUAAGAAGGUAGAUAAUUUUAACGAUGCUUUUCUCAAAGCUGCAAGCUGAGAAAAUGGCCAUCUAGAAGAGCUUGUACCUAAAGAUGCUAACUAUCUGGAUUAAAUUAAGAUUUGAGGGGCUGUGGAAGGAGGUGUCUACAGGGAGUCCCCUGCCCAAGUACUGUUCUGAUAGCCAUGAAAACACCUUAUUUAUGUGAGGAUUCGAACUAGUUAUCAGAUCAAAUA